UGUAGUACGAUAAUACGGCCAAAACAAUCUGGCAACGCUGAAUUACUGUGCAGUGUGCAGACGGAAAGGAAUCGAAUCGUGCACAUACGUCAAGCGUCUCGUUGGCCACUGCAUUUUUUUACGAUUUACGGGACUGUACCAGGAAGCAUUGAGGGCAGCUUCCUUAUCGCGGUGUGAGGGCGUGCAGUAGCAGCAGGAUCUCCUCGGUGCGGGCAGAGCCAGUGAGCGGCGCCAGGCAGCAUGAGGCGUGCCCAGGUGGCUGUGGUGGUGGUAGUGUUGGCGGCGGCUGCUGCUGGGGUGGAGGGAAUCAUGUUCCACCUGCAGCCCAACACACAGAAGUGCUUCAAGGAAGAGAUCCACAAGAACGUACUGGUGUCCGGCGAGUACGAAGUGCAGGAGGCGCAGGGACAGAAAGUGGACAUUCAGGUGACAGACUCCAAGGGUCACCACCUGUACAACAAGGAGGAGGCAGACAAUGGGAAGUUCAUCUUUAACACGGAAGACUAUGAUGUGUAUGAGAUCUGCUUUGUCUCCCGUGUGCCCCCAACCAUACGAGGCAUCCAACAGGAGGUGACCCUGAAGACCAAGCAUGGUGUUGAGGCCAAGACCUAUGAGGCACUUGGUGAAGCGGCAAAACUCAAGCCUCUAGAAAUUGAACUCAAGAGGCUGGAGGACCUAAGUGAGAGCAUUGUUCAGGACUUCUCCUACAUGAGACAACGAGAGGAGGAAAUGCGCGACACUAAUGAGUCAACCAACUCCAGAGUGCUGUAUCUUUCCUUGUUCUCCUUGUGUUGUCUGAUUGGGUUGGCCACCUGGCAGGUCCUCUACCUACGCAAAUUCUUCAAAGCCAAAAAACUCAUUGAGUAAUGAAUUGUGUGGCUGAUGCAGCAGUUUUACCUGUCCCAACCUUCUGCUCCUGCCACCCCAGCCACCACAGUAGCUGUUGCACCACUUGUCUUUGUUUUGUUCACUUCAAGAGAAAUUAAACACAGUGCUUGCUUUCAAAAGAUGGUUUUGCUUGAUUAUUAACUCAGAAGAUCUAUAGUUAAUUUAUUCAUUUAGAUUUGCAUCAGUAUGAAAUUACUCUUUCUUGGCUAACAGAUUUUCUCUGCAUUUUAUGAUGAUGAUGAUGUACACAUUUUUUAAGAUUGGAAUAAUGAGGUUGUACAAUUUUGUCAAAUAAUGCCUGGAAUCUUUAGAUGAUAAGGACCCUCUGGGGGCUUGGUGCUGCCAAAAAUCUUCACUACCCCAAGACACAAACCAGCACGAAGGAUGUUUGAUACCAUUUCUUAUUGUGUUUUCUGUUGAUCACUGCUCCAAAUUUUAUUUAUGAUCUACUAGUUAAUGUAAGCUUGAAAGUAAAUGUAUACUGGCCAAAUUUUUAAGCUACAGUGGUUUCAAAGUAAUGUGCUUGAUAUGUUCAAAUCUAUACCCUGUGCAAGGUUAACAUCCCCAUAAUGUGGGUAGCAGAGGAAGAAUUGCACCUUGACUCAUUGAAGGAGUAACAAUGCUGAGGAGGGGGUUCCCAGUCUCCCUCACUCCGUCCCUUUUUAAUAACUUUUUAUGACAUGCAGAUGAGAUGGCAGCAUUCCUUCAGCCAGACUGCCUCUCCAGUACCACCAGUAGUGAAUUCAUAAGUACCAGAUUUUUUUAUUCAUAUUUCUCCUAAACUUGUGUAUGUGCAAGUAUUUAUCCAUUUGUAUUAAAGUUUGAAGUAUGCUGGGUGGAUUCCAAUUAAAAGCAAGUGUAUUUUGGUGGAGGUAGUGUAAUCAAAUUAGUGCAUAGCAGCAGAACUUGGUAGGUAAGUCAUGGUAUGAAUCAUUGGUUUUAUGCACAUGUACUUCACUACAAUCCACCCUACAAAAACCAUAUAAAGGCCCAACAUGUAGGAGGUACAAGCUGCAAUUGUUUUCUAUUGCUUUUAGUCAUUUCAGGUAAGGCUAGUGACAUAAAUAUAUAAUAUAUAUUGAUUCUUUGCUUACUUGAAAAUGUUCAUGAAUUCUCAUCAAAUCCAAGAACUUAUACUCUCAGGUGUACAUAUUCUUUGAACUGUCUGAAGCUUAAACCAUUAUACCAGGUGAAGGAAGCAGUAACAACUGCCAUGUUUCAUUUAUGCUUUGUAUCUUGGAACUUUCUUUGUUCUUAACCUUCACAUUACUGCAGAACCACUGUAUUCAUUUCAUUCAAACUAGGAAAAUAGAGGAUCUGGUGUGUGUAUGUGUGUUUAUGAGUCUGUGUGAAUGUGUGCGUGUAUGUGUACUCAAGUAUGUGCGUUAUCAAGUUCUGGUUUCAAGGAAUAAAAAGUAUUUGUACA